GUAUACGAUAUCGGACCUAGUAAAAAUGGCAGCUCUCAAAAGAAAACAUGAUUUUGAAGAUGCGCGAACUUCAAAUUGUACAAGCAAAGCAUUGCCUACGAAUGUUUCGAGUUGGAAUUUACAAAACUUAACAUCUUUAGGUAUUUCUUAUUCAAAAAAUAGUUUAACUUCUCCAUUAGAAGUUUUAGAUAGCGUCCCGUUUAUUUGUAAAGACGUUUCAGACGAUUGCAAAAGUUUGAUCAAUUACCUGUCAGACUGCAUUGAUUUUACUAUAUCAACAAAUAAGCAUGGCAUUAUAUUUGAGGAAUCUCAUGACGAACAUUUGUCAAGAAGACGAGAGUACAGAUCUGACGUUGCGAGAAGAAUGGUUGAAACAGUUGAUCAGAAUUUGAAUAAGUUGAAAUUAAAUUACUCUACUUUUGUAGAAUCAGGAUCAUUAGGUUCGAGAGAAAAUAUUCCAUUGAUAUAUGCAGCAGCAGUCCACUUCAUUCUUCGAGUUAGAGAAGUUGUUGUUAGAACAUUAAAAGGUGAUAAUUCUGAUGAGCAGUUCUUCACAGAUUUGAUGUUAAAAUUUGGAGAGAUGUUUUGUAUGAUUUCUGAUUCUGGUGGUUCAAAACAAAGUUUUUUUAGAGUUGGUGACACAAUGGUUUCAUCUGUUCCUGAUAUCCGUUACAGUUUAAUAGAUUUAAGAGAUCUCCCCUUUCAAACAGUAACUGUUGUUUCUGUUGUUAAGGUGAAAAAGAUGAGCAACUUAAGAUGCAACGGUGAAAAUUGUCCAAAAUCUAAUCAAACUGUCAGCUCAAUGGAAGAUCAAUGUGCAACAUCAGAUCAAAGAGAGCCAUCUGUCGCCCAUAAAGUAAAUAAUACAGCUUCAACAUCAUCAGUAGGGAGAAGUUGUCAGUUCUCAGCCACUGCAGCAGUUUCAUCAACUGUUAGCUCUGCAGAAAAUAAAGACAUUGGUUCUUCUUCUUCAAGAAUGAGUGAUUUUAAUAUACAUACACUUGAUCCAACAAUACUAGGAGAACAUGGUGGAGAACUUUUGGCAGAAUAUGAAACUGUUGCUACCCGUCCAUAUGUUAUAGGAAUCAUUGUACAUGGAACAAAGAUAAUUGUUACUUGUUUGCAGUUACAAGAAGAUGACUAUGAUGAAAUAAAACAAAAUGGUAAACUUUCUGAUGAUCAUCCAGUGGACAUAACUUAUUCAAGACCAUUUGACAUAUUCUAUCCAGAGGACAGGAAGAUUUUGUACAGAGUAUUUUUUAGACUUUCAGACAAAUGCUGUGCUAACUCAUCUACCAGCUGAGAGCUCUUGAUUAGUUUAAGAAAAAAUUAAUGCACCAUGCAUAAAGCCAAAGCCAAGUUGAUCAGUUCAUCUCCUCGAAGUUUAGGAAGAACAAAAUGGAAACCCUUGACAAAGAUUGGUGUUGUAGUGCUUAUGUUAUAAGACAUAUCUGAGAUCUUAUCUCAAUAACUAUAUAUACCAUGUAUAAAUCAUGUUAAUAUGUGUAGGGAUGAAACUGGAUGUAAUAUCAGCAUCCAGGCAAUUGUUGAUUACAGAGACCUAGAGUCAUGCUACAUUGACUAGUUUUACUUCUGCAUUCAUAUCUCAGAGUGUGGACCAUCUAAUCCUCUUGAACUUAAGAAUGGCAUGCAUGCAAAGAAUACAUGUAUAUAUGUUUAUUUGUAAUAAAGUUUAACUUGA